AUGCGCUGUUCAUUGACCACAUUUUUCACCCUCGGCCUCGCAGUAGUCUCCUUGGCGGCGCCUACCGUCAGCCCAUAUAAUGUGCAUGAGAAACGCAACGCUAUUCCUAUUGGAUGGUCUCACACUCGAAGGCACGAGAGUGCAGCAACCCUUCCUCUGCGCAUUGCUCUGAAACAGAGUAACAUCGAGUCCAUCGAUGAAUAUCUUUACGAUGUUUCCCACCCGGAGUCAGCUAACUACGGCAAGCACUGGACUGCAGGAGAGAUUUCCCGAAAAUUCUCACCCUCAGAGGAAUCCAUUUCCACCGUCAGAGACUGGCUUGUUGAGAAUGGGUUAGCGAGCGAGCGCAUCCGCGUAAGUCCCACCAAGGGUUGGAUCAACGUCGAUGUUACGGUCGAAGAAGCGGAACGGCUCAUGAACACCGAGUAUAAUGUUUACACUCAUGUUUCCGGACAGGAGCACGUUGCUUGCGAAGCUUAUCGUCUCCCUGAGCACAUUAGUCCCCAUGUCGACUUUGUCCUACCCUCUGUCAACUUCGACGUGAAACUCAAGCGUCGAUCUGGUAGUCAGCCGAAACCCGUUGGCGGGAUUGGUCAGCCUGGCGCAGGAAUCACCCCGAAGACUACUGGCUCCGUCUCACAGACAGUGACCGAGCUUGAGCAGUGUGACGAGUACAUCACUCCUGUCUGCUUGAGGGCUCUAUAUGAUCUUGAAUAUGAGCCUGUCGCUACUGAUAAGAACAGCUUCGGCGUCGUGGAAUACACUCCUCAGGCGUACUUGCAAACCGACCUGCAAAUGUUUGCCAUGAACUUCUCCACUGAUCUCAUCGGAAAGGAGCCAGUCAUGGUUUCUAUCGAUGGAGGGUAUGCACAGACCGAGUACCAAGGUUUCGAUUACAACGGCGAGUCCGACCUCGAUCUCCAAUAUGGAAUGUCACUGGUCACUGGUAGCCAAAAUGUUACUCUUUACCAGACUGGUGACAUGGUCGAAGGGGCUUCUUUCAACAACUUCCUCGACGCCAUUGAUGGGUCAUACUGCACGUUCGAGGGCGGUGACAAUUACACUGUAGAUUCCCAAUAUCCUGAUCCAUACGGAGGGGGUUAUGAGGGGCCCGAGGACUGUGGUACUGUCACGCCUGCCUAUGUUAUAUCAACGUCAUACGGGUACAAUGAAGCUGAUCUCACUCCGUUCUAUACUGCGCGCCAGUGCGCGGAGUAUGCGAAGCUUGGCUUGAUGGGUGUUACCAUCCUGUACAGCUCUGGAGAUUAUGGUGUUGCUGGUAAUGAUGACGUUUGUUUGAACCCUGAUGGCAGUCAGACCACAACCGGUAUGAUCUUCAAUCCCACUUUCCCUGGUACCUGCCCCUACGUCACAUCUGUCGGCGCUACCAUGGUCAAGCCAAAUGCAACCGUCUACCAGGUUCAGCCCGAAAUGGCUUGCAUGGAUGUUAUCUAUUCUGGUGGAGGUUUCAGUAACUACUUCGCGAUGCCGUCAUACCAGAUGACCGCUGUCGAUUACUAUCUGGAGAAUUAUCCUCCCAACUACCCCUCAGAUAUCUGGAACUCGACUGGCAUGUCUCGUGCUUUGCCUGACAUUUCUGCCAACGGAGCUAACUACGUUGUCGCUGUCGAUGGUGAAUUUGAGCUUGUGUACGGAACUUCCUGUUCUUCACCAGUCAGUGGUGCCAUCUUUACGAUGAUCAACGAUGCCCGUCUUGCUGCAGGAAAGAGCACGAUUGGGUUCAUUAACCCUACGAUCUACUCUGCUGGUUUCGCGGGUGCUUUUAAUGAUAUUACUGAAGGGUCAAACCCGGGCUGUGGUACUGAAGGUUACAACGCAACCAUUGGAUGGGAUCCAGUUACCGGUCUUGGUACUCCCAACUUUACUAUGUUGCUCGAGAACUGGCUAGCUCUUCCAUAG